UUGAUUUCUCAGAAAACAAUGGCUUUCUAUGGAAGUACAUGAUAUAUAAAGAAUGCGCGCAGAACUACAGGAGCAGCCGUUGCAUCAAACUUGCAAAUAAAGAGCACGUAAUCACCGAAGAUGGCCAGCUUCUACCAUUUAUAUUAUCUACUGCUUUUACUUGUUAGCGUAAUAAUACUACAAGAGCUGCCCCAGCAAAUGGCUGCAGACUAUCAUUCACCACUUAUCAAGUACCUUCCUGGUUUCCAAGGACCGCUCCCUUUUGAACUCACAACUGGGUAUGUUGGGGUGGAUGAAGCAGAGGAUGUGCAGUUGUUCUAUUAUUUCGUAAAGUCUCAGGCUAAUCCAGAAAAUGAUCCUCUUAUUCUCUGGAUCACUGGAGGCCCUGGUUGUUCUUCUUUCACCGCUCUUGCUUAUGAAUUUGGUCCAUUAUAUUUUGAGCAAUUGGUUUAUGAUGGGACUUUGCCUUCCCUGAUUUUAAAUCCUACCACGUGGACAAAGGAAGCAAGUAUAAUAUUUCUGGACUUGCCAGUUGGUACUGGUUUUUCCUUCGGCAGGACAUCGAAUGCUUCUCACUCCACCGACACGCAAGCAUGUUUUCAAGCCCUGCAGUUUCUAAAAAAGUGGCUCAUUAGUCAUACUGAAUUUGUGACAAAUCCAUUCUAUGUUGGCGGAGACUCAUACUCAGGAAUUUUUGUUCCAAUUAUCACCGAAAUGAUCUCAAAUGAAAAUGAGGCUAAAGCUGGUCCUGAACAGUCUAUUAACCUGAAGGGUUACCUGCUUGGAAAUCCAUCAACAUUCCCUGAUGAGAAAAACUUCCGCUUCGCCUUUGCUCAUGGAAUGGGAAUUAUUCCUGACGAAUUAUACGAGUCAUUAAGAAGAAAUUGUGGACCUGAUUACCAGAAGUCAGAUUCUGAUAGCGCAGAGUGUUCAAAAGAUUUAGAGGCUUAUGAACUGUGUAAGAGUGGACUCAGUAAAGUACAAAUUUUGGAGAUGAAGUGUGCGGAGCCGCUGCGCAGGUCAUUGUCUUAUGAAGAAAUAGCUGUUGUGGAUAGAUUUGGAAACCAGAAUAAUGCUGAAUCAAUACUUUCUGAGUUUGAAUGCCGUGAUGAUGGAUAUCCUCUAUCUAAUUACUGGAUUAACGAUGAGAAUGUGCAGAAAGCGCUACAUAUUAGACCGGGGAAUGUAGGAAAAUGGGAAAGAUGCGGUAGAUUAUCCUAUAAAUUUGUGAUCGCCGACACUAGACCAUAUCAUGCAAACCUUAGCAGGAAAGGUUAUAGAUCGCUCAUAUACAGCGGCGACCAUGACAUGAUUGUGCCAUUUCAAUCAACUCAAGCUUGGAUAAGAGGUUUAAACUACUCUAUUAUCGAUGAUUGGCGACCAUGGAUAGUAGAAGGACAAUAUGCUGGUUAUACAAGGACUUACUCCAACAACAUGACUUUUGCUACUGUUAAGGGAGGAGGCCAUACAGCUCCAGAAUACAAGCCUGCUGAAUGUUAUGCUAUGUUCAAAAGAUGGCUAUCGAGCAAGCCUUUAUAACCCGACUAUCUUUUUUCAAUUCAGUAGUUUGUGCUAUGUAUUUUGAUGUGCUGGUGUGUUGAAAUUAUAAGCCGGCCAUUAUUUAAUUUUUUUCAUUUCAUCAGCUUAGCAAGAAUUUAAGGCAAGUAGAAAUUAAUUUUACUAUUAUAUAUC